AUUUAAGUUUUAUUGAAAAAAAUUAUUAGCUCAUUAUACCCACUUUAUGACGUUCUGGAUUUAAUGACAUAAAAAUUAAUAAAAUCGAUUCAGUGAAAGGAUAAAAUAAAUGUAAUCAAACGUUAAAAUAGUCUCCUAAACAACAACUGUGUAAAGUUGAGAUAGAACCACAGAAUAGUUUAUAUAUAAUUAAUUAGCUUGUUAAUUUAAUUUAAUUUUUUUGCUAUGCGGGUAUCGUAAAAUAACUAUAUAGUCUGUAGAUAAUACAUAUAGAGUUAAAAUCAACCGCCAGAUAAAACUAUUGUACAGUAAAAAAGGAUUUUAUAAAAAUUGUUUUUUUCCUUGAUUCGAUGGUUACACUGAGUGUAGUUGAGCCCAAAUUACCAUACUCCCAUACGAGCCCGUGUAAUUUCUUAUCAGUGCCCAUUCUGUGCAUCGAGAUAAAAAAUACACUGUAUUGUAUGCAGAUAUAUAUGUAUAAUAAACUAGAUUGCUAACUAGUGAUAAGAAUUGAAGCUGACGGUCCGCCAUUCUGGUGGGAUUUAUUUGUGUUAUCAAUUCAUAUAAUAUAUAUCUGUAUAUAUUAUUAUAUCAAUAUUAUAUAUGUGAUUGUUAUAAACAUAUAUUAUUCUCGCGUGAUAAGGUUCUAAUUCCUACCAAGAUGGCGAAAAGUGGCUGCUUCAAUCUUCUCUGUUGGUGGCAUGUACAGUAACUACAGUUAGCAAUCUAGUUUAUCUAUACACAUACCGUAAACGUACACGCUUAUUUUUGUAACGUAUUUUGCUAUCAAAUUGUAUUGUUAUUAAUUAUCAUUAAUAAUAUUUCGAUAAGAAAAAUGUAUUAUUACACAUUUCAGUGUUAUAUAGUUAUUACUUAUUUCAUGGAUUUAUUGAAAUGUAAUUAUGAUCAGGAUAAUUCAUACAAAAGGUAAAUCGAGGGUGAAUUGGGUUAACGAAGAUUUCAAAUUAAUUAUUGUCAAUCAUAUUUAACAUUUAUUUCGGAUUUAAAGGGACCUAUAAUAAACAGCGAAUCGGAUGUUUCUCUCUAUGUCUUGAGUUAAACUAGCACAAAAUGUCAAAACAUAAUACACCAACUCCCGUUUACACAUUUAAAUGUGAUAAAUAUGUACCAAACUGUGUGGUUUUCCAUACAGCUAAACAAUUACUGUAUGUUGGUACCCAAACUGGAGAAAUACAUUCUUGGAACUUAGAGACUAACCGUCAAGAAAUUAAAACUAAUGCUGGUAAUCAAAGCAUCAUGAAUUUAGAGAUUCUUAUAAAAAAGAACCAAUUGGUGUCUCAAAACAAAUUUGGUGAAAUAAGAUUUUGGACAAUGGAUCAGUUUAAACUCUCAAUUCACCAUAUCCUUCACACCCAAGUACUAGGAUUUUGUAAAUUUUCUUUAUACAAGACUGAAUUAAUACUAUGUAAAUCACUAAAAGAAAAAUCUAUAUUGAAUUGUUAUUCAACUGAAUCUUAUGAAAUAAUGAAAACUUACAAUCCAGAUGAUAAAAAUUUAGGUGAUUUAAUGACUAUCAAAACUAUAAAAGACUAUAUUUUUUGCGCUUAUGAGUCAUGUAAAGUCAUUAUUUGGUGUGAAAACUCUAUUGUUGAAACAUCUGAUUUUCCCGAUACGGAAUGCUUGAUGGCAUUGGAUGUAGACAGUAGUUUAGCUAAAGGAGUUUGUGCUGGAAGUUCUGAUACUAUAAAUACAUUCCAUAUUGCAGACAGUAAAAUAAGUUGUAAAAAGAGUGUGCAAAUUACUAACCCCGGUGUUAGUGUUCUCCGUCUAAGACCAGAUGACAAAAUCGUUGCGGCCGCAUGUUGGGAUUCUACAGUAAAAUUAUUUUCUUGGAAAUCUAUGAAACUAUUGGCUAUUUUGGAUUCACAUUCUAGUGGUGUUUUAGAUAUUACAUACUCUAAAUCAUUGGUUACAUUUUGGAAAACCAAAUAUAUGCUUGCUGUUGCUUGCAAAGACAACAAAAUUACUCUGUGGGACAUCUAUAACGGACAAUCAACUUAACAAUCACUUAACCUCUGUGUACUCACUUCCCACUUUUCUAUGUAUGCGUAUACUCGUAACAAAAAUCAUGUAUUCUAUUUGCGUACACAUCUUAUAUGGGAGGUGAUUACAUACAGCGUAUAUCGUACCCCUACACUACUGGAUGAAAUGAUUUGUUCUACAAAUUACUAUGACCAAAAGAUUUUUAAUACUUAGCUAUGUAAUAUUUUAUUUUUAUCAAAACAAGAAUUUUAUUAAGAAAGUAUUAGUUAGUCAAUAAUUUGUAUUUCUGCCUGUUAUAUAAUUCCUAUUUAGUGAUUGAUUCCUACUAUUGUUACCUAAUUAUGUUUACUACUAUUGGACAUCAUAUAAUGUAUUAUGAAACCAUAAUAUGUUUAAAUUUGUUUUAUUUAAAAUAACUAUAUUAUAUAAAAGUGUAUGAUGAAAAUAAUAAUAAUAAUACCAUGAAAUGCAUAAA